AUGCAAUUAUUCCGGGAUAUCGUUGUAGCCGAAGAUGGCCACACCUAUGAGAGAGAAACAAUUGUAGAAUGGAUUAAAAAGAAUGGGCGAAGUACACUCACUGAUCAACCGUUACCAUUAGAACGCUUCUAUCCAAAUUAUGCGAUGAAAACAGUGAUCGAUCAAUUCGAAAAUUCAAUGAAAGCAAAACGUAACAGUAUACUCUUAAUGUUGACGUUAAACGAAGAUCUGAGUCGACAUCCACACAUUGUUAGAACAUACGGUCUUGUCUAUGAAAACAAUUCGAUUAUGCUCUUACAAGAACAUGCACCGUUAGGAAGUCUGUUCGAUUUUCUGCAGGAUCAACUCGAAUCACCGAAGGAAAAGAUUCUCAUCGAAAUAUUCUUACAAAUAGUCGAUGCGAUGAUUUUUCUUGCUUUUAACAAUGUUGUUCAUGCGGAUUUAGCCUAUCGGAAUAUCUUGUUCAAAACGACUCUCAAUAUUAUUCCUGUACGUUGUGUUGCACCAGAAAUACUUUCAAAACAUAUGACAUCUGAUGAUUACACAGAGAAAUCGGAUGUUUAUUCAAUGGGAAUCUUGAUGUGGGAAGCUUAUAAUCGAGGUAUAAUCCCCUGGUCGAAAAUAAGUAAUGAUGAUGAAGUUGUUCGACGUGUUCUAAAUGGCGAACUAUUACCAAAGCCAUCUAACUGCAGUGAUGAUUGCUGGUCAGUUGUUUGUAAAAUGUGGGCUAAAGCGCCAAAAGACCGACCAACAUUUGCUGAAUUAAAACAUCUUCUAGCUGAACAGUCAUUUUGUUCAAGCAGCUUGAAUACUCUAUUGACACAACUGCUGUCAAGAACAACUCUAGAAUUUGGAACGGUAGAAAGAGAGGUUAUAAACGGUUGGCCAAACGAGUAUCGACAAAAAAAUCAAGAUACCAACAAUUCGUUCGGUCAAAUCCGAAAUAUGCGACGCAAGAAUGUAUUGGAUGGCAUGGAACUUCAUCCAAUUGUCGAAAUGGUCAAUGCAAGGAUACCUAUUCUUAUCGAUGUUGGGGAGAGGCAACUUAUUUGGCCCCUCGAAGCUUUGCUUGCCACACUUAUAAUGGAAGUUCACAAUCUCAAAUGUACAAUGGAACUACUCAAAGAAAAAUACAAACGAUUUCGGCUGGGUAGUAGUUCUAUCGCAUCUAUUCCUACGUUGUUGACCAUGUUUAAACAUGACACUGCCAAUUUUAGUCGCGAUUAUUAUAUCAGUCCGGUCGAAUAUAUCUUAUCUUACAACAAUGUGGUUGCGCAACCGGUUUACAUUGUAGUGUACUCUGUUAAAUCAGAAGAUAUACAAAUCCGAUCAACAACGGGCAAUUACUGCUCCUUUCACAAAGAAUAUCACAUAUGUAGUACCGGUUGCGACGGCCACUAUGGUCCUGAGUGUUUAGGCUCAGAUCAGGGUUUCGAUACUACAAAUUGCAAUGGCAUUUCUCGUGAUCUAUAUGAUUGUGGACUUAUCGGUCUCAAUCCAGAGUUUUUGCAGAAACUCGCUGCAGGCAACAUUUGA